GGCGCCCGGGGAAGCCUGAGCCCGUGCCAGCCGCCGGCCAACGAUGCCCCGCUGCCCGCUGCACCUGACGGCCGCGGCCGCGCUCCUACUCGCGGUCCUCAGGCUGCAACAACCUUCCAGCGCAGCCCCGCUGAACGGAUCCAAGUGGAGCUAUUUCGGUCCUAAUGGAGAGAAGAGCUGGCCUAAGAAAUACCCUUCAUGUGGGGGUCUGCUGCAGUCUCCCAUAGACCUGCACAGUGACAUCCUUCAGUACAAUGCCAGCCUUGCGCCACUGCAACUCCAGGGCUACAACCUAUCUGCACAUGAGCAAUUCGUCCUGACCAAUGAUGGUCACUCAGUGAGGCUGAAUCUGCCCUCCAACCUGUAUCUCCAUGGCCUCCCAUUUCGCUACAGUGCCUCGCAGCUGCAUCUACAUUGGGGGAACCGCAACGACCCCCGCGGCUCUGAGCACACCGUCGCAGGGAAGCACUUUGCUGCUGAGCUACACAUUGUCUACUACAACUCAGACCUAUACUACAAUGCCAGCAUUGCCAGUGACAAGGCAGAAGGCCUCGCCGUCCUAGCUGUCCUCAUAGAGAUGGGCUCCUUCAAUCCAUCCUAUGAUCAGAUCUUCAGUUACCUACAAGGUGUAAAGUACAAAGGUCAAGAAAUGCUUGUCCCAGCCUUCAACAUUGAAGAACUGCUCCCUGAGAGGCCUGAUGAAUACUACCGCUACCAGGGGUCCCUGACGACACCUCCUUGCCACCCUUCAGUGCUCUGGACCAUCUUCCGGAAUCCUGUGCAAAUUUCCCAGGAGCAGCUGCUGGCUUUGGAGACAGCUCUGUACUGCACCCAUAUGGAUGACCCAUUACCCAGAGAAAUGGUCAACAAUUUCCGGCGGGUUCAGAAGUUCGAUGAGAGGCUGGUGUAUGUCUCCUUCCAGCAAGUGCAAGACCUCUCCUACACAGGACUGAGUGUGGGCAUCAUCCUAUCGGUGGCCCUAGCUGGCAUCCUCGGCAUCUGUGUUGUCCUGGCAGUGUCAAUCUGGCUUUUUCGAAGGAAAAAGAGUAGCAAAAAAGGUGGCCACAACAAAGGAGUCAUUUAUAAACCAGCCAUCAAGAAGGAAAGUGAGGUCCAUGCCUGAGGCCCUACUGUUCCCAGCAGUGUCCAAGGAAAAACUUGAAAGAACAUUUCUUUGAAUCUGACCCAACAUGCCUCCAUGGACACUUGAUGUGUGAACCAAGUUUUCAGGGGAAAUUUUUGAUACACUCAGGGGCCUCUAGUUGGGUGUAGCCCCCAUUCUGUUCUGAGGUCACAGUUAUCACCAGUGUGAUCUGCAGAAGGAAGAAACUUGACUCAAGAGGUAGCAGUCUUACCCCUCUGCUUCCUGAGGUUAUUAAAUGCUAUGGAUUCUGGGGUCACACAUGAAAUUUCCUGAUGCAGGCUGUGAAGGCUAGAAAACAAGAAGAAUUUCCAGAACACGUAAAACCAUCUUUAGGUGAACCCCUGGAAAUUCUGCUUCUUUCACAGCUUUCAAAAGAGAAUGUACACUCUAUGCUUGGGGGUUCUUCUGAAACUUAGUCUCUUUCCUUGUGGAAGGGAUAGUCAUCACCCUCUCAUUUCUUUCUGCUAUGAUGAUAUCUUUAUUAUGACUUAAACUGCUCUCUGGUCAGGGUCUGCUCUGACCAGAAUCCUUCUGCAGAGCAGGAAGGACUGCUCUUCUCAGGGACAUGGUUACAGAGAUGAAAACAAGAGCCACACUUUGACUUGUACUAGAGAUAUUUCUAAAGUCCCAUACUUUGGAUGAGACGCACCAAACACAACUUCAAGAGUGAAUGCAACAUUCUUGGAUUUCCUUUUGGAAUGAUAUGGGAAUUGUAAGUUAUUUGCUAGAAGCACAGACUAUCCUAGGACCUUUACAACAUUGGUGGAGAAGUUAUAUUGUGUUUUAGGUUUUAUAAUCAAGCCAUUCCUUGGGAGUGCUUCUCUCCUUGAGAAGUUGUGUGUUCUGAGGUAUCCCAGUGUCUUUGAAAUAUGAAAGAAAGAAGUGGUAUGAUGAUAAUUUGUUUUUUGGGCUCAGCUUCUAUUCUUGUCCUCUUGGCCAUAUCCCUGCUAUCUCCUGCUAAGUGGGGGAAUUCUAUGUGCUUUACUGAGAAGAUGCCUCCACCUCUAAACAUAUGGCUAUUCCUUAUGUUUCAAAGAGAUUUCUGACUCCCUAGCUCAUUCUGACAGCACGAAUGUCCUCUUGAAACAUUGGUUUCUUUAUACUAUCUUUUUCCCUUUUUCUCUCUGACUCUUAUUUUCACUGUUUUCCAUCAUCAUAGUUUUAUGAUUGUUACAACCCUCUACCUUUAAGGACCCUUGCCAUAAGGUCCCAUGUGACUGAAGGGGAUGAGGUCUCUAUGUGUAGCUUGGGCCAAGGUUCUCCCUAGGAUAGCUUUUAUCCAUCAUGCCAUAGAUUGAUCAUACAACAGCAGUCACAACAUUAAGAGUGAAUUCAAGAUGACUUCUAAGAAACCAUCAUAGACUUCUCCACUGCAACCUGAUUUUAUUUCAGGAACUUUUGGCAUCUUUUCUGGGCCCAU